AUGUCGAGGCUUGAUUAUUUUGCAGAGAAAUCUACUUGGAAUUUACUAGACUUUCUAGAAUGGGGUGCAGUCAAUUUCAAAAAAGAUUUUGGAAGUAAAGAUGAAGAACACCUUACUUAUAAAAUAAAUCUGGAUAACAUUAAGAAUAAACCAGAAAUAUUGUUAUUUCGCGACAGUUUUACGGUUAGAAAAUUAGCAACAGAAGCGUUAGAAAAUUUUAAGGAUGCGUCUGAAAGUCCAACGGAUGAGUCUUGCGGUGCUAGGAUGCGUCUGAAAGCCCAAUGGAUGCGUCUUGCGGGUUGCACUUUAUUGAUACGCGAAGAAGUUAAAUCGAUUGAAGUUAAAAAUUUCUGGGAAAAUUGUCCUACAUUUAUGAUUUCACUGACAAAGGCGAUAAAUUUAACUUCUACAAGGAUGGUGUCUCGGGUUUCAGAGCUCCAUGAUGACAUAAGCAAUACUAUUUAUACAGAAACGCGAGAUCAAAUAUCUUCAUUAAUAAAAGUUCCGAAAAGGAAAAAAACCGAUUCGUUGCAAAAUAAUGGAAAGAAGCUCCAUCUUGACAAAGAAAUGGGAAAUACGCUUAACAAUAUCGAGGAUGAUUCGCCAGAUAGAAAGAAACUAUUACCUAUUAAAGUUGAGACUGAUAAGGAAAAAAUUAGCAUUGAAAAAAAGAUCUUUCGUGAACUAUUAAGUAGACACAUUUAUCCACUUUGUAAACCGUUCAGAGAACUUUGCAAGGAAGAAGCAGAAGAAUUAUUUAAUGAAAUAGAUAGUAAUACAACCGUUGAAUUGGACCUUUCUACAAAUAUAAUAGAAUAUCUCCAAGAUCUACUUAGUGGUGAUAUUAAAAGUGCAUUGUCUAAGAUAGAAAAACCUCCUAAUGAUGAAAGUCAAUUAUUAUUAUGGGUUAGAGAAGUUUGUCGUCACUUUCUUCUAUACUAUUAUCAUGGUGGCUUACAAGUUGAUGGUAGUGAAAAAACUUGGUCAACACAGACGGUUUAUCGCAUAUUGGAUUUAUUUUCAACUUUUUUCGGGAAAACUAUAUCAGGUAUCGCAUUUGGUGAGAUCAUGAAUGAAGCUCAUAACGAUAGAGCAUAUAACAUUAACUAUAGUCAAAAGCCGUCAAAUUACAGAUGUGCAAGCAAAAAUGACGCCGUCUUAUACCAGGAUGAAAUUGCUGCUGUUUUGUAUGAACAAUCGUUUGAAUAUUUCUUAUCUGUAUAUCUUACAGACAUUAUUCGGAUUAGAACGUACAGAAUUUACGAAAUAUUUAGUUGUAAAAUUCCGAUCUCUUAUUCAGAACGCUGGCAAUUAGUGAAUAUUGCAAAGUUUGGUGCAAUUCUCGAAAAAUUACUGAUUGAACAACAAAAUAUCAAAGAAGAAAUGUCAAAAGAAAGUAUUCUAAAUAAUCUUGAAAUAGAUUAUAUACAUAGCUGGAUAAAAAUACCAGAUAAUACGCCUAAGAACAUCUGUCAUGCACUUUUGGAAACUGACGUAAAUGUUCGUCUGGUCGGAAGUUUGAGAAAUAAUGUAAAGACUACAGUUAACAUUCAAGAUCUUGCCGCUGGAAUUAAUAAGAGGAGAGUCAUACAAAAAUUGAUAUAUCAUUAUCAACGUAAAGGUUGGAAA